AUGUGAUGUCCUGUCAUGUGAUUCGGUCACUUCCUACUGAUUCGGUUCAGAGCCGAUACUCUGUGUUGAAUCAUGUCGUCCUAAUUCGUCUCCACAGGCGGGAUUCAGCUCAGUAGAAACAUGUUAUUCCAGGAUAAACUGACUCAUCGCCGGUCUCUGUGGCUGUUCGUCGCCUUGGGAUGUUUGUUGGUUCGGUCCGCAGCCGAAAUGGACCGCAGCGGUAGCUUGUGGUACCAAGACCUCUGCAGUUAUAAAUGGGAGGCUGUAGACCUGGACAACAAAGUGAAAUACACCAUAAAGCUCUGUGAGUCUUCACCACCGACCAGCUGUGGGUCCAGUGCUGCAGUGUGUGCUCAAAACCUCAGCGGUGUAGUCGGGCAGUCCGUCGGUGACCUUUCCCUGCAGACGCUGUCCGACACCGUGCUCGAUUACAACACCACACAGACAUGCCCCGAAGGCACCAACUCCGUUCAGACCAGCAUCAGCUUCCAGUGUGGGAAAACCAUGGGAACGCCAGAGUUUGUUGCUGUGUCUCAGUGUGUGCAUUACUUUGAGUGGAAGACCUACACAGCCUGCAAGAAGGACAAAUUCAAACCGCACAAAGAGGUGCCCUGCUACGUGUUUGACCCUGACGGUAAGAAGCAUGACCUGAACCCUCUGAUCAAAGUGAGGGAUGGUUAUCUGGUGGACGAUGGCGACGACGACUCCGACUUUUACAUCAACAUCUGCCGAAGCCUCGAUACUCCAGAUAAACCCUGUUCAGAGGGUUCUGCAGCCUGCCUUAUCACCACACACGGCUCCUUCAGCAUGGGCGCUCCGACCAAGCCGCUGGAGGGCUUGUCCAGCGACAGUUUGAGGUUACAGUAUGAACUAAGUGCAGACUCGACACCUCCAGAGAGAUGUGGAGAACACCUGCCGACCGUCAACAUCACUUUCAUCUGUCCAUCAAGCAGGCAUUCAGGCAGCACCCCGAAGAUGGUAGCCGAGUCAAACUGUCGAUACGAGGUGGAGUGGGUGACUGAAUACGCCUGUCACAGAGACUACCUGGAGAGCCACAGCUGCAAACUGACCAACGAACAACACGACAUCUCCAUCGACCUCACACCCCUCACUCUGAGCUCUACAGAUCCUCCCUACUUCUUCCAGCCUCCAUCCGGUGAUGACCCUGAGAGCUACAUCUAUUACCUGAAUGUGUGUGGCAAGAUCCCCACUGGGGAAUGUGGGAUCGACCCGUUUAUCUCCUCCUGCCAGAUGAAAAAAUCCGGGAAUCUGCAAAAAGUGGCCGGACGAUUUGUGAACCAGACGUUACGGUAUUCAGAUGGAGACCUCAGUCUAAUCUAUCCUGGAGGAGAUAAAUGCUCCUCUGGCUUCCAGAGAAUGACCAUCAUCAACUUCCAGUGCAACAAGACAGCAUUAAACAAAGGCAGAGGGAAUCCCAUUUUUGCUGGGGAGACGGACUGUACGUAUUACUUCAACUGGGAUACAGCGUUCGCAUGUGUCAAGGAGAAGGAGGAUCUGCUGUGUCGGGUCAGAGAUGGCAGCAAACACUACGACCUUUCACGCCUUACAAAAUAUCCCGAGUCAAGCAACAGUGAGAACUGGGAGGUAGUGGAUGAUCAAGCCACAGAGUCAGACAUGCGUUACUACCUGAACAUCUGCCACAAAGUCCUGAAGAGAGGAGGAGCUGCCAACUGCCCAGAGGACGCUUCCUUCUGCGCUGUGGAUAAGAAUAAUAAGACCAUCAGCCUUGGCAGCUUCCUAUCUCCUCCCCAGACGACUAAACACGGGAAUGACAUCAGACUGAUUUAUACCGAUGGGAAGACUUGUGAAAACAGGAAGUCUGGGACCCAAACUAUACUGACCCUCAAAUGCAAACCAGGACAUCUUGAGAGCCCUCCCGUUCUUCGCAGUGUCUCCUCUGAUAAAUGCGUUUAUGAGCUGGAGUGGUACACCGCUGCUGCCUGCGUCCUCUCAAAGACACAAGGAGACAACUGCAAGGUGGAGGACCCUCAAGCUGGUUUCUCCUUCGACCUGUCUCCCCUCACCAAACCCGAGGGCAGUGUCUACAAUAUUACCAGAGGUGGCUAUGACUACUACAUCAACGUUUGUGGUUCGGUCAAAGCUGCCAGUUGUCCUGAGAAGGCCGGAGCAUGCCAAGUGGAAAAGAGCUCUUGGAGUCUCGGGAAGGUGAACUCCCGUCUGUCCUACUAUGAUGGCCUGAUCCAGCUGACCUACAGUAACGGCUCCCAGUACAACAAUGCAAACCACACCCUGAGAUCCACCCUCAUCUCCUUUCUUUGCGACCCAGAGGCUGGGCCAGGAAGCCCAGAAUUCCAGGUAGAAGAUAACUACACCUACAACUUCCGCUGGUACACAUCCUACGCAUGUCCUCAAAGGCCUCAUGAGUGUUUGGUGACAGAUCCCACCACUCUUGACCAAUAUGAUCUAUCCAGCUUGUCGCGGUCAACCUCAGCUAAAAACUGGCUGGCGAUGGAUUUGACUGACAACUUGAACCUGAAGAAGUACUACAUCAACAUAUGUCGGCCCAUCAUCCCUGUGCCAGGAUGUGACCGCGAUGCAUCGGUCUGCGAGAUGAAGUACAUAAUUGAUAAGGGCUCUCCAAAGGAGGUGGUGUCAGUCAGUAAUAUGGGGAUGUCCAAGAGGGGCCCGAUCAUUGAGGGAAGGGACCAGCUGCUGCUGGAGUUCACAGAUGGUUCUGUUUGCAUGUCUGAGGGCCAGAAACUCUCCUAUUCUACACAGAUCCACUUGGUCUGCUCCAGAGGAGCCUCUGCUAUGGGGCCACGGUUCCAGUUCAGCCAGAACUGCACUGCCAUCUUUCUGUGGGACACCAAAGCCGCCUGUGCCAUCCAAACCGUUAAGAACGAUAGCUGUGCGGUUGUAGAUCCUGUCUCUGGCUUCAAGUACAACCUUCAGCUUUUGGCCUCUAAGGAAGGAUACAAGACAACUGGUAACGGCAAAGACUUCAUGCUGAACAUCUGCGAAGACGCACCAGGAUGCGGACCUGGGAUGGGCGGCUGUGAGCUGGAGAACAGCCACCCGGUGAGCCCCGUGGGGGUGGAGAAGACGCUGAAGUACUCCACUGAUGGUGUUCUACAGCUGACGUAUAAGGGAGUACUGGAUGGGCCAACAGCAACCAGAGACACCUUCACCAUUAAUUUUGUGUGCGACCCAAACUCUCACCCGGGCUCGUUAAAACUGGUGCGAGAAGACCUGAGUACCUUAUCCAGCCACGCGGUCCAUGACGUCCUGUUUGAGUUCUCCACAGCUCUGGCCUGCAUCCCCGCUCCUGUUGACUGCAGGAUCGCUGAUUCCCAUGGAAAUGAAUAUGAUUUGAGCCACCUGGCCCGAGAUGAAGACGACAGCCCUUGGAUCCCCAUAGACACAGAUGGUGGGACGUCACGCAAAUUCUACAUUAACGUCUGCAAGCCACUGCCUACUCUGAAAAUAUGUCCAGUGGGUCCUCUCGGAGCUUGCGGUGUGAUUAGUGGGAAAGGUUUCAACCUGGGAUACAUGCAGUCCAGCCCACAGGUAGCAGAAGACGGUUCUAUCAGCAUUGUGUACCGGAACGGAGACAAGUGUGACGAUUCGUCCACUUACUCAACACGCAUCGUACUGCAGUGUGACGACAACCCGGGCUCCCCCAUGUUUGACCGUCAGGAUGGGUGUGAAUAUGUCUUCAUCUGGAGGACAUCAGAGGCCUGUCCAAUCAGGAAGGUUAAAGGGGAAAAUUGUCGAGUCCGUGACCCCAAGAGUGGCUAUGAGUUUGACUUCACCUCUCUGAAGAACAGAGAUUUUGCCAUUACUAGUAACAGGUACAGCUACCACCUGUCGGUCUGCAGCGAGCUGAAAAAAAAUGUCUGCAGUCACAAAAACGAAGAAUCUGUGUCGUCCUGCCAGGUGGAUGGAAACACUCAAAAGAUCGCUGGACUGUUGAACCAGAUGCUGACUUUUGUCGGGGAUCAGAUCAUCCUGAACUACACCAACGGAGAAACCUGCCAUAAAAUCUAUCAGAGAUCCACAGUCAUCAGCUUCUCCUGCCACCCUGACAAGCAUCCUGGAGUACCAGAGUUCAUUAAGGAGACUCCAGACUGCACCUACUUGUUCAACUGGCCCACUGCACUGGCUUGCAUCCCAGUCAAAACAACCAGCUGCUCCUACAAUGACGGCCAGGGCCACUCCUACGACCUCUCCCCUCUGGCUUUGGACUCUCAAAACUGGGAGGUGGAGCUCUCAACUCAAAACGCAGGGAAAAGGUUUUACAUUAACGUCUGCAGGUCACUGGUGCUGCAGGGAGGCUCAUGGAAGUGUCCCUCCAGCGCAGCGUCUUGCAUGAAGGACGGGGAUGAAUAUGUAAGUCUGGGGCAGCUGAUGUCUGGUCCUGAACGGGAAGGAGACACCCUGAAGCUUCAGUACACCAGCGGACAUCCUUGUCCAGGCAGCAGCUAUAACCGGAGCAGCAUCAUCAGCUUUAAGUGUGACAAAGAUAAAGUGGAUUCCAGACCCACUCUGAUCUCAGAGAUGGAGAACUGCAUGUAUAAGUUCCUGUGGUUAACAGCUGCUGCCUGCCCGCUAAACACCAGCCAACACGACGAGUGCAGAGUCACCAACCCCGCUACAGGUCACUUAUUUGACCUGAACCCAUUGAGGAAAGCGGAAGAUUACAUCGUUUAUGAUCACAACAACCGCCAGAAGAAGUUUCACUUGAACAUCUGUGGAGGAGUGACUGACUCUGGAUGCAGUUCAGGAACUGCUGUAUGCAUUAAGGAAGGAACUUCUGCGGUCAGCGGAGGAGAGGUGAGCAGGAAGCUGUUAUACAGGGAUCGUGUGGUGGAGCUGACAUACGAAGGAGGAAGUCCCUGCUCUGCAAACCCCACCCUGAAACACAAGACUGUCAUCCACUUUAUCUGCAGGCCACCUCACAUGAGCUCCACCUCCGAGGACCCGGUCCUCAUUGCCUCGAAAGCUGAAACGUGCACGCACUUCUUCUCCGUCCACACGCCGCUGGUCUGCGAACAAGCUGUAACCUGUUCGGUCCAAAAUGGCUCGGCUCUAAUAGACCUGACUCCUCUCAUUCACGGCACUGGAUACUACAGAGCAACAGAUGAUGCAGUGGACCAAAACAAUGAAUCUCCAGACUUUUACAUUAACAUCUGUGAGCCUUUGAACCCCAUCCCGGGUGUCACCUGCCCUCCUGGAGCUGCAGUCUGUAUGGACCCUGAUAAUGGACCACCUGUGGAUGUUGGCCGGACCACCACUGGUCCACAGAUCAACAGUAUUACAGGUGAAGUGUUCAUCACCUACCAAAGCUCCACCCCGUGUGCAGCUGACCCUCAGCAGAACUACAGUUCAACCAUUAUCUUCACCUGCCAGCAAGGCGUGGAGCUGGGUUCUCCUCAGAUGCUGAGGCUGCAGGGUUGUCUCUACCUGUUUGAGUGGGCGACUCCCAUCGUUUGCCCAGAUUCAACUCAAACCAACGGCUGCCAGCUCAAAGACUCACAGCUGGAUUUUACUUUUGAUCUCAAAUCUCUUUCUGGUGAAGUCCAGGUAGAGGGGAGCUCUGGGACAUAUCACAUCAACGUCUGCGGCUCAGUGGUAGAGAAAGCCUGCAUGCAGAGUGCGGUUUGCCAGGUGCCGCGUUCUGGUUCAGAGAUGCCCUCUUCAUCGUUUGGCAUGACCAAAGCCAUGACGAUGGACUUCAAACACGAAGAGCAGGCGGUGCUGAUGCAGUACGGAGGAGGAGAUCCUUGUCCACCAUUGACCACCAAGAAUGAGAUGUGCGUGUUCCCGUUCACCUUUAUGAAAAAGAUGUUUAACGAAUGUACCACAGAAGGCAGGACGGAUGGUAGGAAGUGGUGUGCCACAACGUCCAACUACGACCGCGACCAGAAGUGGGGAUUUUGCAACGAGGUUCCAGCUUCUGCAAAGCGUCAGUCCUCCAUCCUCUUCAUGUGCGACCACUCUGCAGGCCAUGGCAACCCACAGCUGCUGACAGAGACUGCAGGCUGUUCGACCACGUUCCAGUGGCGCACCAAUGUCGUUUGUCCUCCCAAGAAGAUGGAAUGUAAACUGGUGAGGCAGCAUCAGACGUUCGAUCUCCGAUCCCUGUCAUCCCUCACCGAGGCGUGGAAGUUCAGCAGCCAGGGAUAUUCGUAUUACAUCAACUUGUGUCAGGGCAUCCACGGUGGGCUUUCCAGCAGUCCGGAGGGGGCGACAGUGUGCCGGCGCUCCGCAGCCGGACAGACUCAGACCCUGGGUCGGGUUUACACCCAGAAAAUGAGCUACGCUGAUGGAAAGAUCGUUGUCAGCUAUUCAGCAGGAGAUGACGUCUGUGGGAACGGAGUGAACGCCAAAACAGUUAUCCAGCUGAGCUGUGGCUCCACUGUGGGUCACCCUUCACUCCUCAGGGUUGAUAUGGCAUCCUGUGAGUUUGUGAUUGGCUGGGAGACUCGCGUGGCCUGUGCAGUGAAGCAGCAGGAGGUGCAGAUGGUGAACGGGACGAUAAAGGUCCCCGACACUGGAACCAGUCUAAUUCUUGGAGAACUCUACAAUAGCCCACAUCAGGCGUCUGGCGACAUCCGUCCCAACGGCGACCGUUACAUCUACCACAUCCAGCUGUCUGGCAUCACCAACCCCUCCCUGCCAAAGUGCCGUGGUGCAAACAUCUGCCAGGUGAAGCUGAAUGCAACCUACAGACGUAAGAUUGGCUCCUCUGAUAAAGCCAAGUACUACAUUAAAGGAGGAAACCUGGACGUGAUUGUUCCCUCGGAGUCGCAGUGCGGCCGUGAAAAGAACAAAACUGUCUAUUCCACCAUCAUGUUCCACUGCAAGCCCUCGGCAGGCGUCGGUAUCCCAGAGUUCAUGCUGGAGACUGAUGGAUGCCAGUACCUGUUUGUUUGGCACACGGAGGCUGUGUGUGGACUGAUGACCGUCGAUCGGCAGACAUCGGACGGUGACGACAAUUCUUCAGUUCUUUCCCACCAGAGCAAGGCAUUUGGAAUAACACUUCUGUUGGUGGUUCUGAUUGUCUGUCUGCUCGGAUUUCUGCUGCACAAAAGAGAACGACGGGACCUGGUGAUGCAGAAGGUCACCGGCUGCUGCAGGAGAGGAAAUCAAGUCUCAUAUAAAUAUUCAAAGGUCAACACGGAUGGAGGUGAAGAGGAGAUGGAGUGGCUGAUGGAGGAACUCGAAGCCCCUCUCUCUUCCUCCUCGCACCGCGUCACAAGUAACCAUAGCAACGGCCACAUCAGGACCAAGCCAGUGAACACGGACGGUCUACACUCGUUCUCUCUGGACGAGCAGGAUGACGACAGCGAGGACGAGGUGCUGAGCGUCCCGGGAGUCCGAGUGCUCAAACCCUCAGGAGUCUCCAGGACUCACCGCAGCGCCUUCCUGCAGGAGGAGAGUGACGAAGACCUUGUGGGCUUGUUGGAGGAGUCUGAUAGGGUGAGGAAGAGCAGCAAACCUCGUUCAUCAGGGGGCAAUCCCAGUAACAGCAGCCGGAAACGGGAGGACGACGACAGUGACGAGGACCUCCUCAGGGUGUGAUGUCACCUUGUCCUUCCUUUGUCCCUCAGUCCAUCUGAACUCUCAGUGAACAUCUCUAAGACAGCAGCGAUUAAAACAACUGAUUUCUCCUUCGGGGGGUUAUUUUUUUGGUUGUGCUGCACCUGUUCUCGGCCUAUUCAGAUUCAGGCUGCCGAUGCUGAUUUUAAUUUAUUGAGAGGUUUAUUAUUUAAACUGUUCAGGCCUUUAGUACCUGCAUCCUGUUUUCUCAGAUUAUUUCUCAUAGUUCUGCCACAUUAAAACCCUGAAUGCACACGUUCCUCAGUCAGAAAAUCAAACCACAACAGUUCUUUCCUUACUGUUUUUACAGUUUGAGAUGAAGUCGUGCCAUUUCUUUAGCACUUUGAUUGAAUCAGUACAACACCCCCGGCUGCAUACUGCAGGAAUGUUUGCUUUCUCUUUAGGUACGUGUGGGAAAGCUGUUGAAAUGUGAAGCUGAGGAACUCAGCGGUGAAACAUUUAGGCAGUGUCAUUUAUUAAGGGAACGAAGACACUGUUUACAGCUGCUAUUAGAGCAGGUUUUUUUUCUUUCUUUCCCCUUAAAAAAGAAAGUUUGAUGCCUUUCCGAUGAUGAUUUUCAUCUGUGAAUCUUGUCCGGCGGCAGAUUUUUGUAUAUGGACGAUCAUGUUAAACAAGUUGGAUGUUCUGUUUUGUUUCUCGUUCUCUUUGGUGUGUCGCACACGUUUGUUUUAUGAUUAUUUAAUUGACUUUCUGUACAUCUCUGUGUGUUGAAAUAGAGAUGGCCUUAAGUGGGAAUGGAUGGUCGACUGAAGGGAAACCGGAGAUUGGAAGCCAUAUUUCUACGUCCACUAAUGUAGAUUUUGUUUCCUGCACCUAUAUGUUAUUGACUCACCUUUGGGCUUAACUGCUGAUGUUUCUGCAACAAAAUAUUUUAAUUUUUCAGGAUCAGAGUUCACAUUUGGCCAAGCAAAUCCAAGAUUUAACUUAGAUCAGUAUUUGUAUAGCAUAUGCCACAAAUAAUGAACAUAAAAACAAUCUAGUGUUCUUUACACAGUGUUUGCGCAACGUUCUUUGCCAAGUUAUCAGAGAAACGCCCAGUCAUCAGAUGUCCUAGGAACACAAGGAUUCAAAUAUUUUCUUAAAUGUUCUCGCCUUUUAUCCAAACUACUCCCCCAAAUUUACGAAAAGUAGCAAACCCCACACAGCAAUGAAAUUCUGAAAGAAAUGACCGAAACGAAAAAGGACACAAUCAACUUUUUCAUUAUUUUGCAAAUCUAACUUAAUUUCUUAAAAUCUCAACAAUGAAAAUUAAAUUGAAACGGUAAUUAGUCAGCUAAAUUAGAUCUGAUUUUAUUGCACGUAAACCCUGAAAAAUAAACGUGGCCUGGGACCUCUGGUCUGCCGGAAGAAAGCAGCAAAAAUACUGGAAAAGGUUGCUGUUUCUGAGUCGCAAUCAAAAACGGGAUUGGGGUUUACCAGUGCGUAUAAGUCACAGUUUAGUAUUUGUACCUCAGGUUUGGGUGUUAGGGGUUGAAAUGGGUUCAAUACAGAAACACAUAAAACGGAAAACAACACUCAUAAAAUUAUUGGAAAUAAAAACCUUUGUUAGUAUGCACUCUGUAAGAUGGGAGGUAUAACGAUCAGUUAAGUCCGAAAUCUGACCCAUCUUGUUUGUGUAAUUCAUUUUCCAUGAACCUGGUUGAUAAUAAGAGGCAAUGCAGAACCUUUUCGGAACCAUUUCGGCCUGCCAUACUUCCAACAUGCUCUCCACUAUCGCCAUAGGUUACCAAGACCUCUAAAUGUUUUCACACUGCUGAUUUAAAACAAGUGAAACAAACCUUUGUGUCAUCAUUACCUGCCAUCCUUGCAUUGCUUUGGUGUGGAGAGCUUUAGAUGGUAUCUUCAUUUUUCCAUUCAAUUCUUCUUUAGCAUACUCCUUCUGCCUCUGACUAAUGUAUUCUUGUCUGAUUGCAUCCACCAGACUGUGACAUCAGCACUAUGGAGAUUUGGGACAUUUGCAUACACCCUAAAGGCGAAGCCAUGUAUCUCGGUUAAUGUCCCCGAAAAGUAGUAUCCCUAAAACGUUUGAAGAUGGUUCUUCUCAAGCUUCAAAACACUUAACCAGACAGGUUACGGCAGACUUGCAGAUGACAAAAUCCGUCAUUACCUGCAUUUGUCAGUAUCAUCUACCUAAAUACAAUGAUGUCCAUUCGAGGCUUUUUUGUGACAUGGCCGAGCAUACAGGAAGACACACGUAAGCUAUUCAAAAAUAGGUUAAAUCACUCCAAACUGUCUGGAAGAAGCUGAACGAAAGUAUUGAAAUGUGACAGAAAAUAUUUUAAGUACAGGUUAUAAGAGCUUAUUGGGUUUAGAUUACCUAGAGAGUUUUCAGGGUAUCCCAGUUUAUCUCCUUCUAUAGGAACGCAUUACCAGUCAGGGUAUUUAUUGCUUGAAAACACCACCAAAUAUUUUUUUAGAGUCUUUUUAUGGAUGGGUUAUGCUUAAACAAUGAAGCAAAUAGUGAACACCUGUCAGAGAUCUUGUUUUUAUCAUUAAGAUCACAAACAUCUAGUUUUAAAGAUCAUGUUUUGAAAUGAAAUGGAGAGAAAGGCAUCAGAAAACUUUUAUCAAAGGCAUGUAAGAUAAAUCAUUAAACUGCUGAUUUGUUAAAGUAAAAUCCAGAUUAUAGCCCCAGGUUGUUGUCCUACGACUGUGUUUUGUUUCUAAUGUAGCGUCUGACCUUUUUAAAGAUGAAAAUCAGUUGUUGAUGAAUUCCAGAUCCCAUCAGAAGGCGCUUUGAACUGUUGUUUUGGGAACUUUGUAACUGAUUUCUGCUAAGGAUGAGGAGACGUGGCGCUCCUCGCCACCAACCAUCUCCUCUCUGCUUUCUGGUGCACCAAAGUCCAUUUGGCUCAUCUGCAUGGUCCUGUUCUCUGUCCUAACCAUUUUGCUGAACUUUCUCGUCCUUGAAACUGUUUUAAUGUUGGUUGAAAUCUAGUUAUAGAGAGCUGUGACUGGAAAAAAAGCUUAAGAAAUAAGGGAUGAUGCUAUGGGGGUUUAUGUUUGAGUUGGUCUAAAUUAUGCUGUCUGUUUGCAGCUUUUUCCCAGUUUUCUUAUUUAAAAACAGAGAAAAUUGAUGUAAAGAAUAAUGCAUUAUUUGAAUAAAUAAGAGAUCUGCA